CUUGCCUUCCCGCUUUCCGCCACCCCUGUCUGCACCCCUCUGUCUGGGCGCCUCUCGAGCCGAGAGCCCGAAGGAGCGGCACGUCCCGGCCCGCGCACCCCCUGCCCAGCGAGCAUGAGCGUGCCGCCCGACUCGCCGCCCCCGCCUGCCGACAACCCGGCGCCGGUCAACCGGGCCCUCGCCCUGGCCAUGGGCCUGGAGCCCCUUGCCGCGGGGCGGUCCACAACCACGGCCGGUGCCCUUGCCCUGCGCACCCCGGCCCCGGCUGAGCGGGCCCCCAUGCCCGACCCGGAUGCCGGCCAGUCGUCCAUCAGCCUGCAUGACGCCCUCUCGGAAGUGAACUCCCUCAAGAGCAUCCUCCAGAAUGCCCAGGCCCGGCGGCGGCAGUCGGUCGACCACAACCUUUCCCCCCUUGCAGCGGUAUUGGCCGGCGUCAUCCCCCCGGCCUCCCCGCAAGUGGCCCGGAGCCCGCUGGCGAACAUGAUGGUCGCGCCGGCCCCGGCCCCGGCCCCGGCGCCCGGCCCCGCCCCCCGGGUGGCCGACUCCCCGCCGGCCGGCGUCCUCCCGUGUGCCGCCAGCAUCCCCCACGACGCGGUUGAGGGGCUGGACGAGUUGGAUCAGUUGACCAUCGACUUGAUGGACUCCUCGCCGGCGACCCCCGCCAAGCCUCCCCGCGUGCCGACGCUGAUCGAUCUCUCCCGCUUGGUGCAGGCUGAUGGGCGCCCGCCAUCGCCGGUGACCGUGCCGAUUGCCCCGCCGCCGGGGCCACUCGCGGCCCGGCCAGCCGCCGCUACACCCGCCGCCGAGCCCGGCAACACCCGGGGCGCCGCGUCGACGCCGAUGGCCGCUGCCCCGCCAGUGGCCGUGCCGGUGGUCUUAGCGGCUGCCACGCCGGUUGCCGGUCCGGCCCCCAAUGCUACCGGUGCGGCUGUGGUCGUGCCGCUGACUGCGUCCGCAUCCGACUCGCCGCCCGGGCUCACCUCCUCCCCGGAGGAUGCCCUCGAGUUAAGCACGUCCCCCGAGCCGGCUCCCAGCUCCGAGUCGAUGGCCCUUGCUCCCGGUGCUGCAGCCGACCCGGGGUCCAGGACCACCGUCGGCCCUCGGCCCGAGCCUGAUAGCCCUCGCACUCCUGAGCCGGUGGAGGCGCCGGCCCCGGGGUUAGCCCCGGAUUCGCCUGUCAUCCUGACCAGCGGCUCCGACUCCGACUCCAGCGAUGAGGCCAUCGUCCUGUCGGACUCGCCCGAGGCCGGCUUCUCCGAUUCGGACCCCGAGGAGCAGGCCCCGGCCGCCAGGCCGGUCACCUUCAAGCGCCCGGCCUCCCUGCCCACCGCGGCCGCCUCGGCGCCCGUCAUCAAGAACCCCCCUCCGGCCAGGAAGUCCUCCAUCUCGUCGACCCUCGCGGCCCUCUAUGGCACCUCCUCGCCCAGCCGCCCGAGUGUUCCCCUCCCCCGGCCCGCGGCAGGCUCAUUGAGCAAGACGACCGCCAUGCUGCGUGCCUCGCUCCAGCCCUCGAGGCCCAUGGCCACGCCCCUCUUUUCGACGGGCGGACCGGCUGCCAGCUGCCUCAUUCGGGCCCCCUCCACCACGGAGAACUCCACCGAGGAUGAGGAGUUCUGGGAGGCGGUCCUGACCCUGCCGAUGGACUGUCUGAUCUUCCGCAAGGAGCCCGCCCUGCCGGCGGAGCUGGCCAAGCCCCCUCGCACCAUUCCCUCCGUCUUCCACUCGAUACGCCAGUAUCUGGACUACUUCCUGCCGCUCUUCCUGCACGAGACCCGGGCCAACAUCUGCAUGACGCACUACCCAAAGCCGGACUUCUUCCCCGCCAAGAUUGUGUCCUCCCCCCGGGGGAAGAAGUUCGACAAUGUGGUCAUCCACUGCCCGAAGAUCCUCAACCAGGUGUCGGAAAUGGACCUGGUCAUUUUGACGCCGCAUGGCGCCUCCAGCCACCGGCAGCAGCGCGCCAACCAUGGCAUCCUGCUGGCCAUCCUGCGCAUCAGCAAUGAACGCAGCCAGAUCGAGUGCCGAUCGAUCUUCGGCAAGCUCGGCCCCAAUUACAGCAUGCAGAAGUGGGAGAUUUCCCGCCUCCUCUCGGUGGUCGCCUUCUUUUUGGAGUACCGCGCGCUCAAGAAUUUCGCCGUCGACCGCCAGCUGGAGAUGCAAAUCCUCGGCAAGGCAGGCCGUGCCCCUGCCCUGGUUAAGUAUCGCUACCCGGCGCAGGAGCGCCGGGGUACCGCCUCCGGCGACACCGAUGACCCGGUGUUCAAUGCCUCACAGGUGGCCGCCAUGGAGGGGGCCAUCAACAGCACCGGGCUCAUGCUGAUUCAGGGCCCGCCGGGCACCGGCAAGACGCGUGUCAUCAAGGAGCUCAUUUGUCAGAUGCUCAACAGCAGCCGGUCAAACACCAUGAAAAUCCUGGUCUGCUCUCACUCCAAUGUGGCGGUCGAUGAGGUGAUGCUUCGGCUGCUCCGGAGCAACAGCGACCUGACGCCCAUUCGUGUUCUCGGGCAGGAGGCCAUCAACACGGUCCAUCAGCAGAUCCGCGACAACAGCUUGGAUGAGCUGCUGAGGCAGAUGAAUGUCGAGACGCGCAAACUCCACUGGAAGCAGGAUCUCCUGCGUCGGAGCCGUGUCAUUUGCAGUACCCUCAACCUGCUCGGCUCGGAUGUCUUUGACGAGCUGGCCCGUGGGACCACCUUCGACGCGAUCAUCGUCGAUGAAGCGGGCCAGGCCACCGAGCCCAGUGUUCUGAUGGCCCUGCGCUUUAAGUCCCGACGCUUUAUCCUGGUUGGCGAUCCGAAGCAGCUGCCAGCCACGGUUUUGUCGCAUAACCUGAGUCCCUUCCGCUUCGAGCGCAGUAUCUUCGAGCGCCUGGAUGCCAUUCGUCCGGAUGAAACCUACUUCCUGGAUGUCCAGUACCGCAUGCACCCGGAGAUCUCGUCCUUCCCUUCGCGGACUUUCUACAACGGCAAGCUUCGCGACUCGUCGCUGGUGAUCUCCCGGCCUGGCUUCAUCAACCACCCGCUCUUCACCCGGCCAUUCGUCUUCAUCGAUCUGCCUGGCCAGGAACAUCGCAACGUCGGCUCCCACUCGCGCAUCAACGCCAAAGAAGCCCAGGCCAUUCGCAUCAUCAUCGAGCGCCUGGCCUCGGCGCUGGACUUCUCGAUCGCCGAUCACGUUGGCAUCAUUACCCCCUACAAGGACCAGGUGUUCGAGAUCCGCGCACAGCUCCAAAUGAAUCCGGACCUGGGGGACAUCGAGGUGAACACGGUCGACGGGUUCCAGGGCCGGGAGAAGGACAUCAUGCUGCUCUCCUGCGUGCGGGCCACCAUGCGGGGAAACCCGUCGGCCGACUCGCUGUCCUUCGUGGCCGACCAGCAGCGCCUGAAUGUGGCCCUCACCCGCGCGCGUUUCAUGCAAAUCGUUGUCGGCCACAUUGACACCCUGAGGAGCCACGGCCUGUUGCGCGAGUUGAUUGAUGACGCCACUCGGCGCAAGGCCAUCAUGACAUGGGCCCCGGAGCCGGAGGCACCUCGCCGCUCGCCUGCCGGGCCCUCGAACGCCGCGCCCCCGCCAUCCUUGCCGCCGGUCAAUGUGCCGGCCGGCGGGGCGUCUGCGCCCGGCCCGACACCCGGGCAUGCUCUUUCCCCGCAUCCGACCUACUUGCCGCCUCCCGGAGGGGCUCGUGUGCCGAUCUUGCCCCCGCCUCCGGGCAUGGGCCCCGGUCCAGGACGGCCACCAGGCGCACCCCUCCUUCCCCCGGCCCCGGCGUCGGGCAUGCCGUCUCUGCCCCCGCCUCCCGGUGCCAUUCCCCUGUUGCCGCCGCCCACGCCGGGUUCCUGGGCCCCUGGGCCACCGGACUACCGUCGCCCUCCCCCUGGUGGAAAGAGGGCCCACCACCCCCCUUACCACCACCACCACCACCAACGUCCUCGCGGUGGCGAGCCGGAGCAUCCGCACUUCAAGCGCCAUCGGCACUGAUUCUCGCGCGUCUUCCCCCGCCCUUCCGGGUCCUCUCCUCCUCAUCCCCAACCCUCCCCCC